UUAAUCUCGCCUUCUCUCCACUCUCUCUCUCUAGACUUCACGGACUUUCCAAUUUCCCAUAGUCCAACGGAGACAAACAUGAUUCCCAUCUUCUUCUUCCACCUUUCUCAUGUCCAAAGACAAAGAAAAAACCCCUUAAUUACCAUGUCUAACAAUCUCUUCACCUUCUUCUUCUUCUCCUCCAUCUUUCUCUCUCUUCCCAUUCUCCAUCUCUCUUCUCCUUCUCCAUCUCCAUCUCCUUCUAGCUACGAUACUUCAUAUAGAAUAGAUUGCGGUGGUCAUUCAAAUUUCGUCAACAAUUUCAACAUAUCUUGGUUAUCGGAUCGUUUUUACACAGGCGGAGCUAAUGGUUUAGUUUCUGAACCUCUGCUUUUCCCGCACCAACAAGAAAAAACACUCAGAUAUUUUCCACUUUCUUCGGGUAAAAAAAACUGUUACAUCGUUAAUGUUCCAAAUGGUCGUUACUACUUCCGUACAUUCACGGUUUAUGAUAACUACGACGGUAAAUUACAUCCACCUAGUUUCGAUCUAUCCGUCGAAGGAACACAAGUUUUUAGCUGGAGAUCUCCGUGGUUUGAAGAGAUAUCUAAAAAUGGUGCUUAUUCCGAUCUAUUUGCUUUUGUUAAUGAUGGUGAAGCUGAUGUCUGUUUUUACAGUAUUGCCACUGACCCUCCUGUAAUUGGAUCUCUUGAAAUUCUUCAGAUCGAUCCUCUUGCUUAUGAUUCUACGUCUACUGGUGAUAAGCUUUUAUUGGUUAAUUAUGGAAGAUUAACUUGUGGGUCCAAUUCCUUCGGUUCAGGGUUUAGUAAUGACACUGAUAUUUUUGGUAGGGCUUGGCAAUCUGAUAAGGAGUUUCAAGUGGAAAAUUCAGGACAGAGUUCGAUUAAGGUUUUGACUACUUUGAAAAACAUUGUCGGAACCAAUCAAAAACCUAAUCAUUUUCCAAUGCAUUUGUAUCAGAGUGGUGUUACUGUUAUGGGUAAAGGGAAUUUGGAGUAUACGUUAUCAGUGGAUGCAAAAGUAGAUUACUUGUUGUGGUUUCAUUUUGCUGAGCUUGAUGAUAGUGUUACUGGCGCGGGGAAGAGGGUGUUUGAUAUUUCUAUUAAUCAAAAGAAUGUGACUAGAAUUGAUAUUUUUAAGCAAGUUGGAAGCUUUGCAGCUCUCAAUUGGCAAUAUACUGUGAAGAAUUUAAAUACUACAGAUUUGAGGGUGAAAUUUGUGCCGGUAGUAGGUUCUCCGUUAGUUAGUGGUAUUGAGAACUAUGCAUUGGUUCCAAAGGAUCUUGCAACUGUUCCCGAUCAAGUGAUUGCGAUGAGAGCAUUGAAACAGUCUCUUCGAGUUCCCGAUAGAAUGGGUUGGAAUGGUGAUCCAUGUGCUCCUACUAGCUGGGAUGCUUGGGAAGGAGUUACCUGCCACCCUAACAAAGACAAGACUGCACUUGUGGUUUCCCAAAUAGAUGUUGGAAGCCAAGGCUUGAAAGGAUAUAUUAGUGAGCAAAUAAGUCUUCUAUUGAACUUGGUAAGCCUUAAUUUGAGUUCUAAUUCUCUGGAAGGUACUAUUCCCACCGGACUUGGUCAAAAGUCUCUUGUACGAUUGGAUUUGUCAGCUAACCGAUUAUCUGGAAGGAUACCAGAUAGCUUAGCGUCAAAUCUGCAGCUUGUGAUAUUGAAUGAUAAUCAACUGGAGGGGCAAGUACCGGAGCAACUUUACUCCAUUGGUAUUCAUGGUGGAACUAUCGAUCUCUUUGGGAACAAAGGUUUAUGUGGUGUUCCGUCUUUACCAUCAUGUCCUUUAUUUGAGGGCUUGUCAACUGCUGGAAAGAUCGCAAUUGGUUCGGCUUGUUUGGUUGUUCUAGUUGUGGUGUUUGUGAUAAUUUACUUAUGCUACAUCAGGAGACGGAGAAAUGAUUAUGACUUUGGUCUUCCUCAAGACCUGAUCUCGCUUUCAGCAAAGAGAAACAGAUACCAAAGGCAGAAAUCGUUGAUGCUCUUAGAAAUGGAAACACAGAAUACCCAUCGAUUUCCGACUACGUUGAAUCCACUCUAACAGUUUCUACCUAAAAUCAAAGACAGAUCAAUAUUGAAACAAAAUUCAUUAUAAUCCCAAAUAAGAAGUGCUUAAAAAAGAGGAGCGACUGAAGUUCAAGGUGGCUGAACAAAAUGUCAUUGUAUGACUACAUAUCAAGACAUCUGUUGCUGAUUGAACAGUGAAAGCUUAUACGUUGCAUCAUUGGAUUGAUGACCUCCAAUGGAUUUUUGUAUUGGGUUUGGGGAUGAAACCUUUUCUUUUUUUGGCACCACAUUGUAAAAUGUAAUUUUACCUGUUUAGGAGUGUAUUCUGUAUAACAAUAUACUCUUCCUAUGGAUUCUAACAAAAGUAUCAAAAUGAAGUGCUGAUGUAUGACUUGAAUUCCAAUUAAAUUCAUUUCUUCUUCUAUAG